GGUAAAACAUGUGCAACCGACGUGACAUUGAUAUUGAUAAUUUUCAUCAAAGUACAGCCUCCUUUCGAGAAUACGAAGAAAAGUGUUUGCGCAUCGAUGUCCAUCAAACAAAUGAUGUGUCACUCAUUUUCAAUACAUGCAAUGAUGAAUCUCUAUUGACUAAUUUGCAAGAGUUGGUGUUGGACACAUUGAAUGUAGGCGAUAUUAAAGCCUUUGUACCUUCCAAGAAAGACGAGCUCACCACCAGCCAACGACGUUUUUUGAUGAAAUUAAAAUUGGUGUUAUUGAGUAACGAUCCAGAUGCCUUUGAUCCAAAUUGUGAACGAUUUGUCGAUGAUUUGGUCAAUUUUCUAUGCGAACAAGUGUAUUUGGAUGAUGGGCUCGAAAUGUCGGUGCGACCUUGUCAAUUACGAUUGACCAUUGGCAAUCAACAAUUUGCUGCGACCGCAGAUAAAGAAGGACGACGUGGCCAAGAAUUGAUUUGGUUACUUCAAGAAGACAAACACCGAGGAAGCACUUCAUAUAAACAUGGUGAUUUACAAUUGGCUUGCGCAAUGAUUGCAGCUAUUCAAAGAAAUUAUUUUCGUUUCGAAACGAUCAAACCAAAAGAACGCAUUGUCAUGCAUCGAUUUCCCAAACAUGGAUUUUCUCUCGCGAAUCCCACGGAACGAAAGGAAAUAUUGAAAUAUAUGUCAGUAUUGCAGAGAGAAGCUUUAUCCAUCAUUUGA